AUGAACGCAUGCAGCGUGGAUUUGCGGCAGCGAGAAGACCGGUCAGAUCGCGUUGAGGGCUUGUCCCAACCUUCAUCUUCCAGGUCAUCUGACUCGAACUACUUAGACCAGGAAUCGAAGGGGCGUCGACCGAUCCGCCCGCCACGCCCGGCCCUUCUAGGUCGUGCCCCCGAGGAGCCGCGCCACCCAGGAAGCUUGCGGGCUGACAUCGCGGAGGAGCAUGUUUCAAUAAGCCUGCGCGGGAGCUCGGCCACUGGAAGCAAAGCUCCGAAGGCGCCAUUGCAGCCGGAAAUUUGGGGCAAGCGCCAGGCAGACUCGAGAGCCAAGGGAGUCGUGGGAGCGCUGAGCAAUGUCGUGCAAGAGCAGUUGCAGAUGAAGUACGGUUUGGCAAUCGAGGUUGACGACUUCACACGCAAGGUGGAGAGCCUUUGCCGUGCGCAAAGCCUCGGAGGCCUAAACGAGGCCUUGAAUCCUUGCGAUGUCGUGUCGUGUUUGAACAACCUCAAAGAGAUGCGCUUCCGAACUCGGGACGGAAAGAGAAGUCUGGCACUACAACUUGAGCCUCACGUCCUCGAAACAUUCGAGGACUUGUUGCGAGAGGUCAGUGUGAUGAUGGGCACGGCUUGUGCCAUUGCAUCGGUCUAUCGGCUUCAUUCUUGGCGAGCAGUUGCCGUCUUUCGUCAGGACUAUGCUCAACCGGAUGCUUUAGUUGGAAGAUGUUCCGUUUUCACAGAGCCUCUCAUUUCUUUCACGGCACAAGAGUUUCGCUCUGCUGUCAUGCUCGGCAUCACGGUGACGGAGGUUCUGAAAGUAAAUGAGCCGGGGGUGGAGAUGGAGCCUGUUCCCGGCUUGCGCGACGAGUAUUUGAGCCUGAGAAGAUCCAUGGCACAAGCGGUGCAGUUCGGUAAUCCACCUGCAGCCCCGACUUCGCCCCUUGAGAAGGCGCAGGUGCCCCGCCGAAGCUCCUGCGACAAUGCAGGAAUUGUGGACUUCUCUCGGCACGGCCUGGGCGAUGCCCUCCUGGAGCGACGAGCGGCUGAAGCUUCACAGCCCAGUGUGAUGAGCAUGGCGAUGGACUGGCUUUGGUCACGAGGUCAGUCCACAUGGACCUCUGAAGCCUCUCAAGCACCAGCGCGACCGCACAGAAGCGGUGCUAGUGCUCCUCCAUCCUCACGUCGCGACCCGCACCGCGUGGCGGAGCCUCUCAAGCUGGACAUGCGAAAGGGCCAGCUGCCACGCAAGGCCGUGCCCGGCUUGGGUCCGAGCCGCCAGCCUUUGCGCUCCUCCUCCCGGCCAUCUGCGCGGGCGGAAUUCGAGACUCCAGCUCCCUUGACGAUGGCCGGCCUGGGACCGGCUACACUCUCCCGUGCCGACUCUCCGGAAACACCACCAGCAGCGCGGAUGCGUCGACAGCAGGAGGCCGUCGUGGUCGAGAACGGCACUGCGGGCAUGGUACUGUCUCUGUCAGAGACUGACGAUGCAAGUCACAGGAGAGAUUCUCGGACAUCCCUUAACUGGGGCUUUUGUUCAUAG